CAAUCCCCAAACAUCACCUUUGGAAACGUAUUUAAGGGGGCCGUACAAGGGGGCAAAGGAGAGACAACCGGCUCAAAAAGCACGAGGAGAGCGAGGUGACAACGAUAGCGUUGACGCUUUGACAGCAGAUUGUAUUUGUCCGCUACACAGCUCAGACCGAAAGUAGGUGCACUCAUCAACACUGUACACGUGUAAUUCCUGGCUUCACAAUGCCCAGUAACAGGGCGCCGCCGUUCCUGGAGCUCUCACGGGACACGCUUCAGGACUUUGACACCUCCGGGCUCGAUUUGGAGAAUGUGCUUGCUGUCUGGACGGGGCUCACGAAGUGCUCGAGCUUCAUUAAGAAUGGUAAACGGUUGGAGAACAUCAGCUGGCGUAUUGUCAAUAGAAACCUCGUUGUCAAGCAGAACGAGUCGAGCAACAGUGACGUUGUAGAAGCACAGUCGAACUUGGGCAAGACGAGGAACAAGUUGAACGACGGUGAUCUGUUUAGCAUCUUAUCGAUAGUCUCGGAACAGGGCGUCAGCUCAACGAGACCACUGCUCACAAAGAGAAGAUCAGGAAGUAAGAUUUUGACAAAGAAGUCCUUCAAUAGAAGCUCCGAGUCUUUGAACAGGCCGUCGUUUUUCCGCAAGACGUCUUCUUCAAAGUCGUUGAAGAAGAUGAGUCUGAAGACUCAACAGAAGAGAAACAGCGCAUUGGACCUAACCUCCAUACCCAAUGAUACAGACCUCUUUGAACAACCGAAUCCUCGCUAUGCAUUCGGGAUAUAUGAACCUUCUAACGCGCAAAAGGAUGAAGCUACAUCCAAACCAGGGCUGACGAGGUCUGACACAUCAACCAGUGUUGUUAGAGGAUUUGUGCCUGGUGCUGCCUCAGAACCUGAAGGUGAAAGUUUGCCUGUUAAUCAUAUUCAGAAAUCGAAACAGAGCAGCGCAUCAACUACGCCCGUUGAGUCAUUAUUCAAGCCACCUGCACAUCAAACCAAGCCUGAACCUCCAAAGAGCCCCGUCCACACUACAAGUUCUCUAUUCAGUAAGCUGGAGCGUGUCAAAUCACCGUUGUCGCACGAUAGCACUGCAGAUGUAUUGAACAGUAAAGUACCGGAGUCAUUGUUCAAUAAUAACCACCAUUCUAAUAAAAAGAAGUCACUGACUAACACAGAUAAAGCCCAGGAGGAACAUACAAACACUACAACAUCAUCAUUGUUUGACCAUGCUGCAAAAUUACAGAACGCUGAAAUGUCUCAACCAAAACCUCAGUUGAAAAAAAGAGCCACUGUGCUUAAUAAUUUGGGUAUGACAUCCCUUUCAAAGCCUCAAGACAAGAAGCAUGAAAAGAACAUGUUCUUUAUAGAAUCCUCACCUUCUCCUACCGAUUCAAAGUUCCUUGACUCUCAUCAUCACAACAGUGGUCAUGUGCAUCAUGACAAGAAAUCACCUGCGCUGAAACCACAGGGAGAUCACAAGUCAUUGUUCAGCGGGAAUGGAAACCAUACGAAUCAGAAUGGAAAGUCGUCGUUGUUUGAGGGCAAGAAACCUAUACGCGAGAUUAUGUUUUCAAGCGACGAUUCGUUUAGCGAUGAGAGUGAUUGGUCUUCUGUGUCUGAAGAUUUGGCAUCUGAGGAUGAACAGGAUAUCAAUGAACAAUGGAAGAGAACGGUGUUCAAGAGAGAAGACAGUAAAGCUCAAAAACCUCAGAUCAAAAGGAGUUUAUUGAGUGGAUUGUUCCUCAAUGAAAUGCAGUCAGAAGAGGCAUAUCAACAACGUCCACAACCACCCCUGAAAGCUUCAACAACGUCUGUAUCUUCCAAGAACUCAUCCGAUGGCUAUGAAAUCCUUAGCACGAGUGCCGCAUCUGGAAUUGUUGUUAAACACCGUUCAAACCCAUUAACAGAGUCUAAUAAUUUGGAGAGAAAUACAGCUGAACCUGUGACCUCGAUAUCUACUACACAUGCCAUUGCAUCUGGAUUGCUUCAUGAACCAAACUCUUCUGCAGACCUGAAGACUACACUGGACCAACAGCACCAGCCUUCUUCUUCCUUGUCACAUUUGACCAAGAGUGCGUUGCAUCUUACAAACUAUUUCUCAUCGCAGAGGAAAAACUCAUUCUCUUCAAUUGCAUCUGAUAGAAGCCGUAUGAAGUUCAAACACGAAUCUAAUGCACCUCCAACGGCUUCCACUUUACUUCCUACUGCGUUGUCUACUCAUAUGUUCUUACCUAAUGCACACCAAAGGGCCAAGUCUCGGCUCACUGCCGUUGCAGAGUCUGAAAGUAAUGAGCCUUCGAGGAAGACCUCAACAGAUGGUGGAAUCCCAUCGAAGGAUGGCGAGACAGUUGAAACUGAAGAUGUUAACGAUAAAAAUUGUGAAGUACAUCCGCAAGACCAAGUUAAAGCUGUGACACCUAUCAAAUCACCAACAAUUCAUAUUCCAAUAGCGGCACAACACCAUGAAGAUAAGCAUAACAUUUCGAGAAAACUUUCGCCCAAGACCACUAGAAAGCAAAUGCUAGCGACUGAAUUGUCAGAUUCUCUGAGAAAGUCCAUCCUUUGGGACCGACAAUACGCAUUUACUGGAGAUGGAACAAAGAAGUAUCUAUAUGAUGUUACAGGGGUUCCAGCUACCACGACGUUAAAGGAUGCCAACGAGGGGCCUAUUUCAGAGGAGAAGUGGGGUGAUAAUGGAGCUGAUAAGCCAAAAGUGAUAAAGAAGGACUUUCAAGUAGAUGAUGAUUGGGAUAAGGAGAGCUUCUACACAAGAGGAUGGUGAAAAGGGGUUCCAAUAAUAGACAACGAAUCUACUUACCAUGGGUUAGCUACAUGAAUGGUUAAAGUAAAGACCGAAAAACACAAAUAUUACCCUCAUAGCAGUGUAUAUCCACAGUUACUAAUGAUACUUAUCCAAUUUAGCCA